ACAAUCAAGAAACAAAGGGGAAAACAUGUGCAAAUACCGAGUCAUCAUGCAUCUUUGAAAGACAGCCGACAACAGGGAGAGUGGGAGACAGUCAGACAGCAGCCAGACAGGGAGGCGCGCGUUGAUGAAAUUCAGGCAGCCGGUAAUUCGGGAUUCGUUUCCCUUACCGUUACCGUACCGAACGGUAAGGCGGUAUGCCGAGUGGAGAAGGGUUUCGGUAGCCGGCGACUGUUUUUGCAAUUCCGGUAUUACCGAAACAGGUAAAACGGUAAACGGUAAACCGGUUACCGUACCGUUUAGCAGCCCUAAGUGUAGGUGUGGGAAGAAUGGAGUUGGGCCUCAGGAUUUCUUAAUGCUAAGUUGUGUGGGUAUUGGGCCAGUGGGUAGUGGGCUGAGACUGAGAGGAUUGUAAAAUUGGGCUGGGCUGGGGGCAGAUCACAAUGCCGUGCAGCUCUUCUCUCUCUAUUGAUAUAUUGGUCGUCUCCUCUUGUCCCAGGGUUUCCGUCUCCCACUAGGAACUAGGACGGGAAUUGGGUGGGCUUAAUUGCAAGUUUGGUCACUUGAAUUGCUACAAAAUUUCAUGUUUGCCACUCAAAUUGAUUUAUUUCAUUUAUAGUCACUUAAAUUAGUUGAACAAUCCAAGUUCGGUCACUCUCCGUUAGACUCCGUUAAUGACGACCGUUAAGUGAUGACGUGGCUAACAGAAAAUCACAGUCGGCAUAUUUUAACACUAAACAACGACGACCCGACCCACCACGUCAUAUUUAUCCACCAUGUCAGCCCUACUUGCCCAACCCGCGAACCAACACAAUAAUUGACCCAACCCCAAACCCGAGACCCAACCCCUGAAUCUCCAAAGAGGGCUUGGUGGUGAGAAUCCAAGCCUGGUUCAGAAUUGUUCAACAAGCAAAGGAGGAUGGCAUGAAGACUUCUAAUGUCAAGGAUGUGUCUCCCACCAUCACGUACAUUGGCUAGGAACCUCCCAGCAGUGGGAUGGAUUGAGCUGCAAUCUGAUGGGUCUGUCUUGACACAGACAGGAGUAGCUACUGCUGGAGGGCUUCUCAGGGACCAUCUGGGGCACUGCGUGGAAGUCUUUGUUGGGAUUUUUAGUGGUGUGAAUGGAAAUAAAAGGGGAAAGUUUCAAGAGAGUCUCUUGAAGUACCAUGUUGGUAAGAUGUGGAAAGGCAUGGCCUCGAAUUCGAUCGAUUUGAUGUAAUAUGUGGUUAAUUGAUUAAAUUGGUUUGAGUAACCAAAUGAACCAAACCGAGUUGAACCAAUUCGAACCGAACUGAUAUGCCGGUUGGAAUAACCAAACCGGUCCAACUUCCAUGAGGCCGAACCAAUGCAAUGGUUGAAAUAUUUUAAACGAACCAAUGCAAUGGUUGGGGUGUAACCACCCAUAUGAAGAGUUGCCUCCCUUCAAUGCAUCCCUUCAUUUUCUAUACAUAGCACCAUACCCCCUCUAGUUUUGACAACGAGUUUUACAUGGAUUUUUCCCGGUACUGAAACUCUGCCAAAAUCCAAAACUAGUUUUUCUGCAUUCUUUUCAAAGAGAAAAUCGAGUCAAGUGUGGUUCUCGCCGGUUCGCUGCGUUCGAUGGGUUCCGGGGCUUGAGGUACCGCUACGCCGGAAAAGGUACGUCAUUUCUAUCCUGGGAGGAAUCAUUCCACAACCUUGGGUGCUUAAGGGGAAUAAGAUUCUUUAAGGAGAGAUAGUGAAUUCUAUCGGCUAGGACGCUUGCAUGUCUUUGCAUGUUUUUUUUCUUAAUCUUAUGUGUUUGCUUGUGUUGCAAGAAAAUAGUAUACGUGAACAAUUUUCCCCAACAAUCUUAAAGAAUCCUAAUCUAUUUAUUCUUGUAUACUAUUUAUGCCGGCAUAACCGAAUGUUUCUAGCACUAAUUGCAUGAUCAUGUUCUUAUCGUGCAUUUGAAUGAUAAAUUGUGUGAUUUCGUGGAAUGUUUAUGAUUCUGAUUGCCAUUUCAUGCUGCUCACGAUACUGGUUAAUUAGGUUAAGAGGAAAUUGCAGUACAAAUUGGUUUGUUCAUAAUUUGAUUGUGCAUGUGUUCAGUGAAUCUGUAGAGGGUUGUGUUUUCAAGUCAUUUACUCGAUUGCCAUGCAACCAAUUCCGAUUGAUUCUAUCGGUUAGUGUGAUAACAUGCCUAAAUAUGAACUUGAGAGUAUGUAUAUAUAUGUGCCAUAGAAUUGAUAUACAUCUGUGAUAUAUAUACAUACAUACAUAGAUUGUAUAUAUAUUUGUUCUGUUUAUGCUUUUGGAAACGAAGAAAGGAAGUAUGGCAAAGAUGAUAUUUAAUGUCUGCAAAUGAUGGUGGAAGUGCACUGGCAAUGUCUGCUCUUCAUUCAUGCAUUUGCAAAUGAGCCAUUAAAGAGUUGGUGACUACUGAUACUUGUUGGUUGAUCGCCGAGAGGAAGAAGGGGCUUUCGACAGUCAUCAAAAUUGGUAACAUGCUAUCUCUUUCUCUUUUAUUUACAGGUUUGAGAAAGCAAUCUAUCAAUGCGUAUAUAUGUUUAUGGUAUAACAUGGACUGAAAAAGGCAAGUUUGAUUGAGAAUUGAUCUGGUGAUCGUAAACCAAAUUUGGUAGGGUUAAUGACAUCAAAUACUUUGUGUGGUACUUGAGAUGAGAACAAACUCAUAAUUUAUAUUAUGAGAAGAGUUUGUGAAAAUUCAAUGUUAUUGAAUUUGAAAGUAUUCAUAUUGGAAUUUGUGUAACAAACUUCAAUUCCAAGUUCUUGAAAGUUGCAACACUUGUGGCCUUGUAUUGAAACUAUACAAUAUGGCGUAAAACAUUCUCGAAACAUGGAGUUGGUCCAUGAUGAUACUUAUGUGUAAAUGAUAUAUUUACAUAAUGAUAAGUAAAUGACAUUUUUCCUACGUGGAAAAUUAGUUGGAUAAAGCCUUAUGAGUUUGUUUGAUUCCAAAAUUAACCACAAAGUUUUAA